GUCGGUCGGGUCCGCCAUGGCCGCGAAUUGCGCGGGGGCCGCGGGGACGGCGGCGGGCGCCGUGGCCGCGGUGGGCUCGGCCCUCAGCGCCAGCAAGACCAAGACCAAGAAGAAACACUUCGUAUGCCAGAAGGUGAAGCUAUUCCGGGCCUCGGAGCCGCUGCUCAGCGUCCUCAUGUGGGGGGCGAACCACACGAUCAAUGAGCUCAGCAAUGUUCCUGUCCCCGUCAUGCUAAUGCCCGAUGACUUUAAAGCCUACAGUAAGAUUAAGGUGGACAAUCAUCUAUUCAACAAGGAAAACCUGCCCAGCCGCUUUAAAUUCAAGGAAUAUUGUCCACUGGUGUUCCGGAACCUCCGGGAAAGAUUUGGGAUCGAUGACCAAGAUUACCAGAACUCGGUGACACGCAGUGCCCCGGUGAACAGCGACAGCCAGGGCCGCUGCGGUGCCCGCUUCCUCACCACCUACGACAGGAGGUUCGUCAUCAAGGCCGUGUCCAGCGAGGACGUGGCGGAGAUGCACAACAUCCUCAAGAAGUACCACCAGUUCAUCGUGGAGUGCCACGGGAACACCCUCCUGCCCCAGUUCCUGGGCAUGUACCGGCUCACCGUGGACGGCGUGGAGACCUACAUGGUGGUCACCAGGAACGUGUUCAGCCACAGGCUGACCGUGCACAGGAAGUAUGACCUGAAGGGCUCAACAGUAUCCAGGGAAGCAAGUGAUAAAGAGAAGGCCAAGGAUCUCCCAACGUUCAAGGACAACGACUUCUUGAAUGAGGGUCAGAAGCUGCAUGUUGGAGAAGAGAGUAAAAAGAACUUCCUUGAAAAGCUGAAGCGGGACGUGGAGUUUUUAGCCCAGCUGAAGAUCAUGGAUUACAGCCUGCUGGUGGGCAUCCACGACGUGGACCGGGCGGAGCAGGAGGAGAUGGAAGUGGAGGACCGGGCAGAGGAUGAAGAGUGUGAGAACGACGGCCUGGGGGGGAACCCCAUCUCCUCCUACGGGACCCCCCCCGACAGCCCUGGAAACCUCCUCAACUACCCCCGGUUCUUUGGGCCCGGGGAGUUCGACCCCUCUGUGGAUGUGUACGCCAUGAAAAGCCACGAAAGUGCCCCCAGGAAGGAAGUUUAUUUCAUGGCCAUCAUAGACAUCCUCACGCCCUAUGACACCAAGAAGAAAGCUGCACACGCUGCCAAAACAGUGAAACACGGGGCCGGGGCUGAGAUCUCCACCGUGAACCCCGAGCAGUACUCGAAGCGCUUCAACGAAUUCAUCUCCAACAUCCUGACAUAGUCGUGCUCAGCCUGCAGCCAGGAACCACGAGCAGAGGGGCUCCUCCAGCCUGUGACACUGAACAGACACUGUAGCAGCAUGUGGGGUGUGUGUGGGAGUGCGUGUGAGCGUGCGAGGGGAGCGUGUGGCACCGUGGCACUCCGGACAAAACUCAUCCUUAGGGUGCACCCUCCCAACAGCCCGCUUGACCCAGGUGGAAAAGUGGGGGUUUUAUGUUACAGAAGUGCCCAGAUCUAAAGAUUUGAGGGCUUUUUCAAACGAGCCAAGUGCAUUGUUUCAGCACUGCUCUUUGUAGUGACGUUUCCUCCUCUCUGGAUGCAGAGGAUCCCGGAGGGAUUGCGACGCUGGCACCGCAUCCGAGGGGUGGCUCUAGGUCACGGUUGAAGCAGUGCCUGAUUCCACAAACCACUCCUUGUUUUGUGUUGGUGUUGUUGUUGUUUUAUUGGACUGUUUAGCAGCCAUACGACCCCUUUUAUUUCCCUCUCGGUAGGAAUUGGAAGGAAAAUAGCUCAGCAUUUCAAGGAUGGCAAAUAGAACUCUGAUAAAAGGAGGAAUCGCUGAACUUUAGGUAAAUUCAAACUGGGACACUUUAUAUUUUUUGGUUAAUUUAAGUAACAAAAAAAAAAAAGAGAAAAAAAAGAAAAAAAAUCGACAAAAACCUUUUUUUUUUUUUUUUGUAACUGCACUUGAUUUACAAGAAAGACGAGGGGAAAUGAACAUCUACCAAAGAUGAUCUCGGAAAAAAAAGAGGUGUAACUCCUCAAACCUGAAAACAACCAGUGUGAGAAGUGAGAGAGGCAUUGACCAACCUCAGCUAACGAUGUGCUUGGACCUGGGCUUGCUUUUCAAUUGGCCAACUCGGAAGAUUUCCUAAAAAGAGGAAAAAAAAAAAACCCAACCAUUUUAAAAAAAAAGGCAAUUUUGGUACCUGUAGAUCCGGGAUAAGAUUUUCACCUCAGUCAGGAAUGGCCGCAUCUCUGAGGUCACCAUCACAGUCCUGCCAGUGUUAAUUAGCUAAUUAAUUGUUCAGUCUUCCUUCCCCACCCCAUCUGCAACAGGUACUUGAAUCUGUGUCCUGACAGAGGUUCCUGGGUUGCUUGGGUUGGUUUUUUUUUUUUUUUUUUUUUGGCUUUUAUUUUGAAAAAAAUAUGACUUGCACACGAAGGAAUUGGACUCGCUGCCAGUGGGGAGUGCUGGGAGCCGGACCUGGGGCAGCCCCACUGCUCCAGAGGACUCAGGACUCGAGCUGGGGGUGCUGCCACCCUCCUCUGCUCCAAACCCCUCUCUGGAGCGACGCUCAAGGAGUGGAAAUGGUUGAACUCUUGCACCAGAUUUAUUUGGCAGCCCCCUGAAGGAUUUGGGACUGAUUGGAGUGACUGCAAUGGUCCUGUUUUGUCUCCAGAACGCUCGUAACCAUUUCCCAAGCUUGGCAGACUCGCUUUGGGUUUUGUUAGCUCUGCUGCACAAAGUUACAGACCUUGCUGGUUCUUUGUUUUGGGGAGUUUUCGUUGGGUUUUUUUGGUUUUUUGGGUUUGUUUUUUUUUUUAAUUUCCUUUCUCUUUUUAAGCAGGAUUUAGAGUUUUGAACAAACCUCUUGCAGUUGAAACAUGUUGCUUAUCUGCCUUGGAACUGUUUUUCACAUAUGCCUUUGUUUUGGGAAUAAGCUGUUGGGAAUGUCUGUCCUGUGCUGUAACAGUUUGCUGUGUGGAAUUUUGGUCCUUUUGAGAGGUAACUGGUGCUCAUCACAUCCUGGUAACUUCCCUGAACUUAACUCUGGCUCUGGGCUGGAUUCUGAAUGUGGGCUUGGGGUUUGGGUUUGGUUUUUUUAAUUUCCUCUCCCCCAUUUCCCAUUCGUGACGUGAAUCCCCCACAGGUCUCACCUUGGGAGGGGCUAAAAUUGAAGCCCCUGCGAGUUCACUGUAAAUAGAGUCUUGGAGAAAUGAAAAAUUAGGGCUCCUGAUGGGAUAUGAGCAGUUUUGGUCAUUGCCUUUGGCCUGGGACAAAUUUCUGCUGCCCCUGUGGUGUGGGAAGGCUGGAGGCUCUCGUGUCUUAAAGUGUGGAGCUGCAAAAGCCACAACCCAAAUGCAGCUAAAAAAACAACUUUAAAACAAAAAAUAAAAAACCAGGGAGGACUUGAGGACUUGGAGGGCAUCAUCAGCUUCGUUUUGUGGGCAUUACAUUGGUUGCUUUGCUCUUAAUAAGCACUUAAGUUUACUGCCAAUUAGGAAUUAAACACCAAUCCCUUUUUAUUCCUUAAAUCUGCAUUGAAUCUGCAACUUUGGCCUGGUAAGUUUGCCCUUCUCCUUUUGGGGAAAGUAGCUUGGAAGUUGUUUUAUCUUGAAACCAUCUGUUUAAAAAAUAAAUAAAUAAAGAGGAGGAAAAGCAGGGGGGGAGGAAGAGAGGAGGAGGUGUGGGUGAAGUGCAGACACCGCACAGCAAAGGCAGAGAAAGGGGAAUGAAGCUUAAAAAAAUCUCCUUUGCUGAAUUCUGUAAUAAUGAACGAGGAAUCGGCUCAAAAUCCAGGGAAUUCCUGCAGAAAUCCUUACAGAAGUUGUGACAAAAAGGGCUUGAGGAGAGCAGUGAAUAUUUUUCUUACUCCAGCCCCAAAAUUGGCUCUUUCUGGCUCAGCUGAUCAGGGGAGCCCCACAAAGAUCCUUCCCUUGAGCACUUCCCCAGUUGUGCCCCUUCUGUCGGGUGCCACAUUUCUGUACUAAAGGAUCACUCUCAGUUUCAUGAUGUAUUACCCAGCUGCAGAACUUUGUUGAACAGAAGCAUUUUUUGGUGUAUUGUUUACAUUUGGAGGAGUAGCAUUACGUUCAAAAUGCUAAUUUUUCUUUCCAGACAGUAUUUUUUUCUUACCAGAAUAAGAAGUGAAGCUGCAAAUAUUUGAUUUUUUUUUUUUUAAAAGGGACUUUUUCUUUCUGUUUGUUUUCUUUUUCGUUUCGUUGUUGUUUUUAGGUUUUUUUUUUAAUCUUGUUUUAGGUCACUUUUUUAACUCAAGUAUUUAAAAAAAAAACAAAAAAAGGAAAACCCAGCCCUUUCAAUUCUGGUUUUACAACUGCUCGUGCUAGUUUGUUGUCUGUUUCUGGUGUGGAUUUAGUUCUAGUUUUGCUGAAUGUAAAUAAUUCCUGUCCUUAGCAUGAACACUUCCCACUGAAGUGCAUUUGACUGACCCCCCUGGGCUGACAGGAUUUGCAGCAGAAUGCAGGAUUUUUUUUUUUUUGUUUGUUUUUUUGUUUUUUGGCCACAAAAAGCAAGAAUUUGGUCCACUGGAGUUCCAAAUAAUCAGUGUGCAGCAUCUCCCCCUCCGCAGUGCCUGAGGGCAGGAAGGAGCUGCGGGAUCCACAUUCCUGAGGGGCUCUCUCUUUCUGAUCUGUCAGGAUUUUAACUCAAAAUCUGCUUUGAACUCGACAUUUCCACCUUCCCUGUGGAGACAGCUCCGAAACGGGAGCGGGAGAGGGAAGGCAGGGACACAGCUGUGCUCCAGCAGUGCAAUAAAACCACUCCAGAGCCCGCUGAGUCUCCCUGCCACGGGGAACUGGGGGCUCCAGGGAAUCCCAGGAGAUUCCCAGAGCUGGGCUGAGGCCUUGGGAUUUGGGGGAAUAUCCCCAGGAGUUCCCAGCUGGCAGCAGGGAGCAGGGGGACCCUUCCCUCCGGCCUCCUCCACGCCUCUGCCUGGCCUGGCUUUCAUCCUGAAAGCCGCGAUCACGGAGUCCAUCCGUGCCCUGGGGUGGCCACACGCCCAACAAUCCCAGCUUGGAAUCUGGAUUAGCACAAUCAGCAAGGAAAACUGAACCACUCGAGUCUUCUUUCUUUCUUUUGGUUGGUUUGUUGGUUUUGGAUUUUUUGGGAGGAAAUUCCUGCUUUCCCGAGCCGCCUCCCGCGGGGCCAUCACCCAGCGCGGGCAGGCUCAGGGUGCUCAGGAGGUUGUGGUGGUGGAUGCUCCCAAUCCAUGACUACUAUGCAGUCCUUUUCCAUGCCUCCCUUCCAGCUGCACCUGGAAUUUCACCCCCAGCUGAAGGAUUUUCCCCCAAAAUCAACAGGGGGGGGAUGUCCCCACCACAGACCCGGCCUGGCCACAGCCCCAAACCCAACCCCGAGAGCCCUCCCCGCUCCUGCAGAGCCACUCUCAGUGUCCCCCUCAGCUACUGCCCGUUGUCCUGGCUCUUUGGGAUGAAUCCCGUGGAUAACAGGGACGGCAGAGCUGCUGGACAUCGUUUUUAGUGGAAACCACUCAAAAUUGUGCUGCUCUGGGGCUGCCGAAGCAGCUGGAUGGGAGUCGAGCGAGCAGAUUCCACAGGCACAGGUCACAAAGGGUGGGCAGGGCUAAUCAGUGCAAAAAGUGAAUAAAUUUAAGUUUAAUCUAAAACCUAAAAAAAAAAAAAAAACCCUAAAAAAAGUAAUUAAAAAAAAAAAAAGAACAUUCUAGGUUUUUUCACUGCUGUUUUUUAAAUAGGAAUUUGAAGUCCUCUGUGCUUGUCUGUUUGCUAGGAGCAGUUUGAGACACUGUUACUGUUUUGAAAUGCAUGCAUGUUACAAGAUGAGUCUCCAACCAGAGAAACAAAAAUAAAAUUAAAACUUUGUGUA